CCCUUGCCAAGUGCCAAAGGUCCAAGAGUUGAGUGACUGAGCAGGGAUACGGUCUGCUUCACAGUAGAACAAUUGGUUUGUGCAGUUUGGACCGGCAGCUGUUAGAGACAUGGGCAACUCAAACGGAUGCACCGUGGACGACCUGCAGGCUGUGGAGAUGCACCUGUGGUACAAGAAGUUCAUGACGGAGUGUCCGUCCGGCCAGCUCACUCUGCACGAGUUCAAGCAGUUCUUCGGGCUGAAGGGGUUGGACCCAGAGGCCAACGCCUACAUAGAGCAGAUGUUCCGGACGUUUGACAUGAACAAGGAUGGCUACAUAGAUUUCAUGGAGUAUGUGGCGGCUCUGAGUCUGGUGAUGCGGGGAAAGAUGGAGCACAAGCUUCGCUGGUACUUCAAACUCUAUGACGUCGACGGAAACGGCUGCAUUGACCGCUACGAACUCCUGAACAUCAUCAGGGCAAUCCGGGCGAUCAAUGGAAACGACAGUCAGGAAACAGCCGCAGAGGAAUUCACCAACAAAGUCUUUGAUAGGAUUGACAUCAACGGAGAUGGUGAGCUGUCUUUGGAGGAGUUCGUGGAAGGCGCUCGCAGUGACGAAGACUUCAUGGAGGUGAUGAUGAAGAGUUUGGACCUUCGUCACAUCAUGGCGAUGAUCCACAGCAGGAGGCACAGCGUUUAGCUGCCUCACCCUCAUUCACAACGCCGCCUCUUUGGAAAAAAAACUCUUUUAUAUUUAAAAGUGAGAUUUUCUGUUUGGUUUGACUCCAACGUAACGUGAGGCCGUACCUCUGAAAACAGACGUUUUAUGAGUUUAAUCUCCAAAUGAGCGACAUUUAUGCACUUUAAAAACGGGCUGAUUCACUCCGGUUACGAAGGAUGAUCUGUAAGAAAGUCAAUCCUGAGCUGAGCUCCACGGAUCUGUUUUUAUUUUCUGUAUCGAUGUCCCUCAUAAGGUUAAAUUAGUCGAGUCUACAGGAGAAAGUACGACUGUUUAACGUGAAUAUGAUUAGCUGGAAAACAGGAACCUUAAGAGAUUUAGUCCAGAAUAGACAUUUUCUAUUUUUUCUGUGUUUAAAAGCCAAAUUUAGUAGCAGGUUUUGUUGUUUUGAAGUGUCUUUGGGUGUUUUAUUGACUGACGUGUUUGGCUUAAUAAUAUAGAAUAUCCUGGUUCUGUUGUCAGCUGUACUCAUCUGGUGCCUUCACUGCACAGUGUUUAAUUUCAGCUUUUCUCUAUUUAUACACUGAAACAAAUCCCAAUAAAAACCUGAUAAGAAGUACAUUUCUGUCUUAACUAAAUGAAAUGUGUCCAAUUAUGAAUGCAGUUUUAAUUUUUAUUGUUUAAAGCAAGAAAAUGAGUAAAUUUUUUAGUUAUUUUGAUGUAUCAGAUUAAAUGUUUCAGCAUUUUUCUGUCAUAUAAACAAAUAUCUGACCCACAAGUAUUUGAGACAUUUACUUGAAGGAAAAGUGUCUAUAAAUAAAUAUACUGCACUUUCUUUUGAACUUGCUUUUUAUCUACCAAUUUGCACAUGUUUAAAACAUGCUAAGCAGAACAUGCAUGUAACACAAAUGAGAAAAAAUUAAAGUUGAAAAUGGAAAAAAUGCAAACAAAACUCAAAUACAGUGAAAGAUUGUUGUUAAUGACAAAAUGAGGACGAGAUUAAAAUACAAGUUUUGUAGAUUUUGCACUAAAUUAUCAACUGAGGCAAAGCAGACUGGAUGUUUAUUUUCCUCAUCUUAUAUUAACAAGAAAUGCAGAAGAAGAAAAAAAUGUAGACAACUCAAAUUGCAGAGGUGGUGUAAACAAAAAAAGCACACGUUGCUUUGUUCAGUUCAAAAGGACUUGAGUAAAAUGUGCAUCAAUGAAUCCAAGGUCAGGUCAGGACAAAAUAAAAAUAAAAACGGGUGAAACUACAAAGCAAAGAGGUGCAUUUAUGCCUGGGAGGAAG